UAUUCGGGUUGUGUGGCUACUAAGGAUUUUAGCUUUCGGAUUCAGUUCUCCAAACUGUGGUUCUGUUUAUAUUACUCUAACCGCUUGUGGCGUUCUGAUAGCCCUGGACGGAGGGUGUUUUUAUUCACUUUCCGGUCAGGUUCCUUUUGAAUGCUAUUACUGCAUCCUUGCAUUUUUCUUUUUUUUUUUCAACCAGCAAUGAUGAGAAAGCCCGUUUCUUAACCGCGCGGCACCGAAUCGACUAGAAGAAUACCACUACUUCUACUACCACAAUUAAUACUCUAAAUUGUGGCCGUAUUCUGUAAUACACUGAUUAACCUGCCGAAAGACCGGGAUCGACGUUUGAUGUGUCUCCAGAAUGCAUUCCCAGGACUGAACUGCGACUGUCGCCAGCCUUUGAUGUUGAAGCGAGAGAAGAGGCAGCCAUGGACGUGAAGGAACGCAAACCUUACCGCUCCCUGACAGCCAGGCGAGAUGCGGAGCGGCGCUACACCAGCUCCUCGGCCGACAGCGAGGACGGCAAGCUGCAGCCCAAGUCCUACAGCUCCAGUGAGACGCUCAAGGCCUUCGAUCAGGACUCCAGGCUGGCCUAUGGGAACCGUGUCAAGGACAUGGUGCACCAGGAGGCUGAUGAGUUCUGUAGGCAAGGGGCAGAUUUCUCACUCCGGGACCUGGGUUUCGGUGACGCCAUGCCCUCCCAUGGGACGGCGUACCGCACAGACAUGGGACUGCCUCACCGUGGGUUCUCCGUCAGCGCCGGCUCAGAUGCGGACGCAGAGACGGACGGCAUCGUGUCGCCAGAGCACGCUGUGCGGCUCUGGGGCCGGAGCACCAAAUCUGGCCGCAGCUCCUGCCUCUCCAGCCGGGCCAAUUCCAACCUGACGCUCACAGACACGGAACACGAGAACACAGAGAACGGUCCUCCCCUGCAUUGUUCAUCCGCCUCCUCUACCCCUGUUGAGCAGUCCCCCUCCCCUCCCCCUUCCUUUGAAGCCAAUGAGAGCCAGGGAGGGUUGCUAGGUAACUGUGUGACUCAGCCAACCCGGGACUCUGACUCCGAAGAGGAGUUUGCCCCUGAUUCAUUCUUAGCUAAAACAUGCUCUGGGACCCCCUGUGCUCCUGCCACUGUGUCUGCUCAUGACAGCGCCUUUCAGAACCACUCCCGGCUCCGGACGCCCCCGCUGCCGCUGUCCCAUUCGCAUUCACCUGGCCAGCACCAGGCGGUGUCCGUCAACUCCCUGAACCGAGGGACCUACACACCACGCAGUAACCCCAGCCCUGCCCCCACUGACCACUCCAUCCCACCGGAGGGCCCCACCAGUGCCCAGGAUUUGGGCAGCACGCAGGACAACUGGCUCCUCAACAGCAACAUCCCCCUCGAGACCAGAAACAUAGCAAAGCAGACAUUCCUAGAGACUUUGCAGGACAACCUUAUUGAGAUGGACAUUCUGGCGUCCGCAUGCGGCGAUGCUGCAUACAAUGACGGGCACUUCCUGUUCAAGCCGGGCGGGACCUCGCCCUUAUUUUGCACGACGUCGCCGGGGUACCCCCUGACCUCCAGCACGGUGUACUCCCCGCCCCCGCGGCCCCUGCCCCGGAACACCUUCUCGCGCCCCGCCUUCAGCCUCAAGAAGCCCUACAAGUACUGCAACUGGAAAUGCGCGGCCCUCAGCGCCAUUCUCAUCUCUGUGCUGCUGGUCUUCCUGCUGACCUACUUCAUCGUCAUGAACCUCUUUGGGUUGAACUGGCACCUGCAGCCCCUGCAGAGACAGAUGUACCAGCUGGCGGAGGAGGGGGAGGGCGGGUCCCCCGUGCCCACGGACCUCGGCCUGCCCCCUCUGGGGAACACUGGCCUGGAGCUGCCCGACCGGAAGGGCAAAGACUACGGCAAACCAGACAGCUGGUUCCCGGAUGACAGCUUUGUGGACAUGGGCGAGAUCGACGUGGGCCGUAAGGUGGCACAGGAGGUCCUUCCCGGGAUAUUCUGGAGGUCCCAGGUGUUUGUCGAUCACCCCAUGUACCUCAAGUUCAACGUUUCUCUGAGCAAAGACGCCCUGGUGGGGAUUUACGGGCGGAGGGGUCUGCCUCCAUCACACACGCAGUUUGACUUUGUCGAGCUGCUGGACGGUCGACGGCUGCUGGUACAGGAAGCUAACGGACUGGAGAGCCACCAGGACCAGCACCGCAGCCUGGUGCCCCUCACCCGGCACGACACCGGAUUCAUCCAGUAUAUGGACUCGGGCAUCUGGCACCUGGCCGUCUAUAAUGACGGCAAAGAGUCUGAGCACGUCUCCUUCAUCACCACGGCCAUAGACUCCAUUGACGAUUGUCCCAGUAACUGCUUUGGGAAUGGGGACUGUGUGUCCGGGACCUGCCAGUGCUUUCCUGGCUUCCGAGGCCCAGACUGCGGGAGAGCCUCGUGCCCCGUGCUGUGUAGCGGGAACGGGCAGUACCUCAAGGGCCGCUGCAUGUGCCACAUCGGGUGGAAGGGCAUGGAGUGCGACGUGCCCACCAACCAGUGCAUCGACGUCACCUGCAGCAGCCACGGCACCUGCAUCAUGGGCACCUGCAUCUGCAACCCCGGCUACAAGGGCGACAACUGCGAGGAAGUGGACUGUCUGGACCCGACGUGCUCCGGGAGAGGCGUGUGCGUUCGCGGGGAGUGCCACUGCGCGGUGGGCUGGGGGGGUCCCAGCUGCGAGGACCCCCGGGCCUCCUGCAUGGACCAGUGCUCAGGACACGGGGCCUUCCUGCCAGAGCUGGGGACCUGCAGCUGCGAUCCAAACUGGUCCGGACACGACUGCUCGACAGAGAUUUGCGCAGCCGACUGUGGCGGCCACGGCAUCUGCGUGUCUGGCACCUGCCGCUGCGACGACGGCUGGACGGGCGCUGGCUGCGACCAUAGGGCGUGUCACCCGCGUUGCAACGAGCACGGCACCUGCAAGGACGGCAAAUGCGAGUGCAGCCCAGGCUGGAACGGAGAGCACUGCACUAUUGAGGGCUGCCCGGGCCUGUGCAAUGGCAACGGCAGGUGCACUCUGGGUAACAGUGGCUGGUACUGCGUGUGUCAGCUGGGCUGGAGGGGGAACGGCUGCGACACGUCCAUGGAGACCGCCUGCAGCGAUGGCAAGGACAACGAUGGAGAUGGGCUGGUUGACUGCUUAGACCCAGACUGCUGCCUGCAGGCCUCCUGUCACAUCACCUCCCUGUGCGUGGGAUCUCCAGAUCCACUGGACAUCAUCCAGGAGACACAGAUCCCCUCCACCCAGAGCAACCUGCAGUCCUUCUACGACCGGGUCCAGUUCCUGGUGGGCCGGGACAGCACGCACGUCAUCCCCGGGGCCAACCCCUUCGAUGGCAGCCAUGCCUGCGUAAUCCGAGGACAGGUGGUGACCUCCGACGGGACUCCCCUGGUCGGCGUGAAUGUCAGCUUCAUCAACAAGCCAGCGUACGGGUACACCAUCACCCGACAGGAUGGCAGUUUUGACCUGGUGACGAACGGGGGCGUGGCCAUCGGGCUGCGUUUCGAGCGCGCUCCCUUCAUCACCCAGGAGCACACGCUGUGGCUGCCGUGGGGGCGCUUCUUCGUCAUGGACACCGUGGUCAUGCGGCACGAGGAGAAUGAUAUCCCCAGCUGUGACGUCAGCAGCUUCACGCGCCCCAGCCCUGUGGUGCUGCCCGCUCCCCUCACCGCCUUCGCGGGGUCGUGCUCCGAGAGGGGCGCCACCGUCCCCGAAAUCCAGGUUCUCCAGGAGGAGGUGCGCAUUCCGGGGAUGGACAUGAGGCUGUCCCAUCUGAGCAGCCGUACUGCGGGCUAUAAGUCAGUGCUGCGUGUUGCCCUCACUCACGCCACCAUCCCCUUCAACCUGAUGAAGGUGCACCUCUCUGUGGCCGUGGAAGGCCGCCUCAUCCGCAAGUGGUUUCCCGCUGCACCAAACCUCUCCUACCACUUCAUCUGGGACAAGACGGACGUCUACAGCCAGAAGGUCUAUGGGCUGAGUGAGGCCUUCGUUUCGGUAGGCUACGAGUAUGAGUCAUGCCCCGACCUCAUUCUGUGGGAGAAGAGGACUGCGGUCCUGCAGGGUUAUGAGAGCGUGGCAUCUAACCUGGGCGGCUGGUCGCUGGACAGACACCACGCCCUUAGCAUCCAGAGUGGCAUCCUUCACAAAGGCAACGGGGAGAACGUCUUCAUCUCCCAGCAGCCCUCGGUCAUCGGCAGCAUCAUGGGCAACGGGCGGCGGCGCAGCAUCUCCUGCCCAAGCUGCAACGGCCUGGCCGACGGCAACAAGCUCCUGGCGCCGGUGGCCCUGGCCUGCGGCUCUGACGGCAGCCUAUACGUGGGUGACUUCAACUACGUGCGGCGGAUCUUCUCCACGGGAAAUGUCACCAGUGUCCUGGAGCUGAGAAAUAAAGAUUUCAGGCAUAGCAACAGUCCAGCGCACAAAUAUUACCUGGCCACCAGUCCUGUGUCGGGCACAGUCUAUCUGUCAGACACCAACAGCAGGAAGGUGUUCAGAGUGAAGUCGCUGAGUGUGGUGAAGGACGUGGCCAAGAACCUGGAGCUGGUGGCGGGGACAGGGGACCAGUGCCUGCCCUUCGACGAGACGCGCUGUGGCGAUGGAGGCAAGGCCGUGGAGGCCACUCUCACCAACCCCAGAGGCAUCACCGUGGACAAGUUUGGCCUGGUCUACUUUGUUGACGGCACCAUGAUCCGCCGGAUCGACCAGAAUGGGAUCAUCUCUACCCUGCUGGGCUCCAACGACCUGACCUCGGCCCGGCCCCUCAGCUGCGACUCAGCAAUGGACAUCUCCCAGAUUCGUCUAGAGUGGCCCACAGACCUGGCCGUCAGUCCCAUGGACAACUCUCUGUAUGUCCUGGACAACAACGUGGUGCUCCAGAUCUCCGAAAACCACCAAGUGCGCAUUGUGGCCGGUCGACCUAUGCAUUGCCAGGUUCCAGGCAUGGACCACUACCUGCUCGGCAAGGUGGCCGCCCAUGCCACUUUAGAGUCCGCCACCGCGUUGGCCGUCUCCCACAACGGCAUCCUGUACAUCGCUGAGUCGGACGAGAAGAAGAUCAACCGCGUGCGCCAGGUGUCCACCAGCGGCGAGAUCUCCUUGGUGGCCGGGGCGUCCAGCGGCUGCGACUGCAAGAACGAUGCCAACUGCGACUGCUACUCCGGGGACGAGGGCUACGCCAAGGACGCCAAGCUCAAUGCACCCUCCUCCCUGGCCGUGUCCCCCGACGGCGAGCUCUUCAUUGCAGACCUGGGCAACAUCCGCAUCCGCUAUGUCCGCCGGAACAAGCCCUACCUGAGCCCACUCAACCUGUAUGAGGUGUCCUCCCCCAUCGAUGACGAGCUCUACCUGUUCGAUGCCAAUGGCAGCCACAUCUACACCCAGAGCCUGACCACGGGAGACUACCUGUACAACAUAACCUACACGGGGGAGGGGCACAUCAGCACCAUCACCGACAGGAACAGGAACAUGGUGAACAUCCGCAGGGACGCUACCGGAAUGCCCCAGUGGAUUAUGGCCCCAGACGGGCAGACCUUCUGGGUGACUAUCGGAACAAACAAUGCCCUCAAGAGCGUGGCUGCCCAGGAUCAGGAAAUAGCAAUGAUGACCUACCACGGAAGCUCAGGACUGCUCGCGACGAAGACUGAUGAAAACGGGUGGACGACUUUUUACGAGUACGAUGGCUACGGCCGGCUCACGAAUGUCACCUACCCCACGGGACGGGUGAGCAGCCUCCGCACAAACUCGGACAGCUCUGUAAGGGUGCAGACAGAAACCGCCCACAAGGAGGACCUUACCAUCUCGACCAACCUGUCAGCUUCCGGAACCUUUUACACUCUCAUGCAGGAUCAAGUACGGAACAGCUACUACAUUGGCCUGGACGGCUCCCUGCGGCUAGUGCUGGCCAACGGCAUGGAGGUGUCCCUGCACACGGAGCCCCACCUGCUGGCCGGUACGGUGAACCCCACUGUCAGCAAGCGCAACGUCACCCUACCCAUCGACAACGGCCUCAACCUGGUGGAGUGGAGGCAGCGCAAGGAGCAGGCCCGGGGCCAGGUCACCGUGUUCGGCCGCCGGCUACGGGUGCACAACAGGAACCUGCUGUCGCUGGACUUCGACCGCAUCACCCGGACGGAGAAAGUCUACGACGACCACAGGAAGUUCACCCUGCGCAUCCACUACGACCAGGCCGGCAGGCCCACGCUGUGGGCGCCGAGCAGCCGGCUCAAUGGCGUCAACGUCACCUACUCCCCUGGCGGGCACGUGGCCGGCAUCCAGAGGGGCACCAUGUCCGUGCGCAUGGAGUACGACCAGAACGGCAGGAUCGUCUCCCAGAUAUUUGCAGACGGCAAGUCUUGGAGCUACACCUACUUAGAGAAGUCCAUGGUGCUGCUGCUCUACAGCCAGAGACAGUACAUCUUCGAGUUUGACAAGAAUGACCGGCUGUCCUCCGUGACCAUGCCCAACGUGGCACGGCAGACCCUGGAGACGACGCGCUCCAUCGGGUACUACAGGAACACAUACAGGCCGCCGGAGGGCAACGCCUCGAUGCUGCAGGACUUCAGCGAGGAUGGCCAGCUGUUGCGCACCACCUACCUGGGCACCGGCCGCCGCAUCGUCUACAAGUACGGCAAGCUGUCCAAGCUGCUGGAGAUCCUGUAUGACACCACGCGCGUGGCCUUCUCCUACGAUGAGACGGCGGGCAUGCUUAAGACCGUAAACCUGCAGAACGAGGGCUUCACCUGCACCAUCCGGUACCGGCAGAUCGGCCCACUCAUCGACCGGCAGAUCUUUCGCUUCAGCGAGGAGGGCAUGGUGAACGCCCGCUUCGACUACAACUACGACAACAGCUUCCGGGUCACCAGCAUGCAGGCCGUCAUCAAUGAGACGCCGCUGCCCAUCGACCUCUACCGCUAUGACGACGUGUCUGGCAAGACAGAGCAGUUCGGCAAGUUCGGUGUCAUCUACUAUGACAUCAACCAGAUCAUCACCACCGCUGUCAUGACGCAUACUAAGCACUUUGACGCCUACGGCCGCGUCAAGGAGGUGCAGUACGAGAUCUUCCGCUCGCUCAUGUACUGGAUGAUGGUGCAGUACGACAACAUGGGCCGGGUGGUGGGGAAGGAGCUGAAGGUGGGGCCAUAUGCCAACACCACCCGCUAUUCCUAUGAGUAUGACGCCGACGGACAGCUGCAGACAGUCUCCGUCAACGACAAGCCCCUGUGGCGGUACAGCUACGACCUGAAUGGCAACCUCCACCUUCUCAGCCCUGGCAACAGUGCCCGCCUUACCCCGCUCCGCUACGACCUGCGGGACCGCAUCACCAGGCUCGGUGACAUCCAGUACCGCAUGGAUGAGGAUGGCUUUCUGAAGCAGAGGGGCAAUGAGUACUUUGAGUACAACUCCGCUGGCCUGCUCAUCAAGGCCUACAACAGGGUGGCCGGCUGGAGCUUGCGGUACCGCUACGACGGCCUGGGGAGGAGGGUGUCCAGCAAGAGCAGCUACGGCCACCACCUGCAGUUCUUCUACGCGGACCUGUCCAGCCCGACCCGGGUGACACACAUGUACAACCACUCCAGCUCGGAGAUCACCUCGCUCUACUAUGACCUGCAGGGCCACCUCUUCGCCAUGGAGCUCAGCAGUGGGGAGGAGUUCUACGUGGCGUGCGACAACAUCGGCACACCGCUAGCAGUCUUCAGCGCGACGGGCCUGAUGAUCAAACAGAUUCUGCACACGGCCUAUGGCGAGGUCUACCUAGACUCCAACCCCAGUUUCCAGCUGAUCGUUGGGUACCAGGGCGGCCUCUACGAGCCGCUCACCAAGCUGGUGCACAUGGGCCGGAGGGACUACGACGUCCUCGCCGGCCGCUGGACCACCCCGGACCACGACGUCUGGGGGCGCCUGAACAGCAACAACAUCGUGCCCUUCAAUCUCUACAUGUUCAAGAGCAACAACCCCGUCAGCAGCAGCCAGGAGACCAAGUGCUACAUGACAGAUGUAAACAGCUGGCUGCUAACGUUCGGGUUCCAGCUGUACAAUGUCAUCCCGGGGUACCCCAAGCCUGACACGGAGGCGAUGGAGCCAUCGUAUGAGCUCACGCGCACACAGACCAAGACCCAGGAAUGGGACAGCAGCAAGUCGGUGCUCGGGGUGCAGUGUGAGGUGCAGCGGCAGGUGAAGGCCUUCGUCAAGCUGGAGCGCUUCGGUCAGAUCUACAGUGCCAGCGGCGCCGGGUGCCCGCAGUUCCCCAGACACACACUCUUCGCCUCUGGGGGCUCCAUCUUUGGGAAGGGGGUGAAGUUCGCCCUCCGUGACGGGCGGGUCACCACCGACAUCAUCAGCGCGGCCAACGAGGACGGCCGGCGCACGGCGGCGGUGCUCAACGACGCCACCUACCUGCAGGACCUGCACUUCACCAUCGGCGGCGUGGACACGCACUUCUUCGUCAAGCCGGGCCCGGCGGAGGCCGACCUGUCCCUCAUCGGCAUGACGACGGGCCGGCGCACGCUGGAGACGGGCGUCAACGUGACGGUGUCGCAGGUGAACGCGGUGCUGGGCGGCAGGACUAGGCGCAUCACCGACAUCCAGCUGCAGCACGGCGCGCUCUGCCUCAACACGCGCUACGGCAGCAGCGUGGACGAGGAGAAGGCGCGCGUGCUGGAGCUGGCCCGCCAGCGCGCCGUGGCGCAGGCCUGGGCCCGCGAGCGGCAGAGACUGCGCGAGGGCGAGGACGGCUCGCGUGCCUGGACCGACGGCGAGCGGCAGCAGCUGCUGAGCACCGGCCGGGUGCAGGGCUACGACGGCUACUUCGUGGUGUCGGUGGACCAGUACCCCGAGCUCGCGGACAGCAUCAACAACAUUCACUUCAUGAGACAGAGUGAGAUGGGGCGCAGGUGACAUGAACACGGCGCGCCCGCCCGCCCGCGCGGCAGACGCCACCGACGGCGGCGGGGACCUCUUGCCAAAGACAGCUGCUCGCGAGGCCACUCCCUCUCUCUGACUCGUGGUCUGCUCAUUUUACUUUGCGCUGUGUCGAAAUGGAGGGUGCCGGACCUUCUUUUCGUUUUUAGCCUUCCAACGUUUCUUCAAGUAUGUCUGCAAAAGAGUGCAACUGGUGACAAACUUUACCGCUCAAAAAGAGUCCCUGCUGGUGGUUAUUUGAAUAACAUGACUCCUAAAGCAAUCGUGAAAAUGUACUGGGUUAUGUAACAUAAGGGUUUUUUAACCACUGCAGUAAAGAAUGCAGAAUGUGAAUCACAACUUACUCCAUCCUAUCCUGUCACCACUCUGCCAUGGGGAGAAUUCCUCCUUUCCUCUCCUCUUUUUGUACUUGAAAGCCCAUUGUCACCAUUAACAAAAGAAGGCAAGUACAUAUUUAAUGUUACCCAGACCUGGUCACUUUCGCCAUCUUUCUUCUUGUGUCCAUCCCCAAGAGGGUUCCUGUGAGUGGUCGUUUCCUGUACGUUUUUUUCCCCUCAAAAUAACAAUAGCUAAACCUUCACCUAUGGCCGCAGUCUAACUCCAAGCUGUGAAGGGCUUGAGUGAAUUACUGCAUUACCUGAGUUUACAUUCAUUCUCUCUUUAGACAUGAUCAAAUGGGGUGUCACCUGACCUGCUUGUGAAAUAUCCUUUCCUUUUUUCUGUCAUAUUUAUUUUAUUUUCUUUUGUUUGCUCCCUUUGUGAUAGAAAAGAGAGACAAUUACUGAUGCGUUAUUUAUACAUGUGGUCAAUACACAAAGUCUUUGAAAUGCAGAC